AUGAGUGCCGAAGAGGGUGAUAAGAAGCUAAGCAAGAAGUAAGUAUCACCACAAUGAUUGGGUUUUCACGCCGCUUUAUAGUCCGAUCUCCUGUUCUCCGGAGCUGGGUUAUUAAUCGAGAUUUUAGGUUAGUUGGGAUUUAAAUUAGGGCAGUCACUCACCAAUCGCUUAUUUUCACUGCUAAUUUUCAGCGAACAAAAACGGCUAGCUAAACAGGCUCAAAAGGCCAAGGAGAAGGCUGAAAAAGAUGCAGCUAAGGCCGCCAAUCCAGUCCAGUCUAAGAAGAACGAUAAAGUGAAAGAUGCCGAUCCGUCUGAUCCUCAGGAGUACUUUAACAUGCGGGUACGUAUGAUUAACGAACGUCGUGAGGCUGGUGAGGAACCAUUUCCGCACAAGUUCAAUGUUUCUAUCUCCCUCAAGGAGUUCACUGAAAAAUAUGCUUAUCUGAAGGAUAACCAAGUGCUAGAAGAUGUUACUGUCAGCAUUGCUGGUAUGUUUUUUUUUAUAAUUCUUACCUCUCUUUAGGCCGUAUCUUCUCCAAACGUGAGGCCGGUGCCAAACUCAUAUUUUAUGAUCUUCAUGGAGAAUGCACGCGACUUCAAGUGAUGGCCAACGCCAAGUAUCACAAAGAGGGCGAAGAAUCAUUCGCCAAGAUUCAUGAUCGAAUCAAAAGAGGCGAUAUUAUUGGAUUUGUGGGUCACCCAACUAGAUCUGCUCGUGGGGAGUUGAGUUUGGUUCCGACGGAAGUAGUCCAGCUGACUCCAUGUCUCCACAUGCUUCCACAUACUCAUUUCGGCCUUAAGAAUCAAGAGACUCGGUAUGACUUCAAUACCAAUUUGGUAAUUAAGUAUAAUUCAGAUACCGUAUGCGUUACCUUGAUCUGAUUAUGAAUCCCGAUGUGAGAAACAAGUUCAUCAUCAGGGCUAAGAUCAUCUCUUUCGUUCGAAAAUAUCUUGACAACCUCGGGUUCUUGGAAGUGGAGACUCCAAUCAUGAAUCAGAUUGCUGGUGGAGCGACUGCUAAGCCUUUCAUAACCCAUCACAAUGAUCUGAACAUGGAUCUUUUCUUGAGAGUUGCUCCGGAGUUGUAUCACAAGGUAAGAACCUUUCUUUCUAAAGUAUGUCUUGUUUAGAUGUUGGUAGUUGGAGGAUUAGACCGUGUGUAUGAGAUUGGACGUUUGUUCAGAAAUGAGGGCAUUGACAUGACUCACAACCCCGAGUUUACUUCGUGUGAAUUCUACAUGGCUUAUGCUGACUAUGAAGAUCUGAUUAAACUGACCGAAGACCUUGUCUCGAGUAAGUGUCUUUUAAAUUUAAAUUCGUGUUAUAGAAAUGGUGUACACCAUUCACGGCACCUACAAACUCCCAUAUCAUCCGAAUGGACCAGGAUCUGAGCCUACUUUGGAGGUGGACUUCACUCCUCCGUUCAAGAGAGUCCACAUUUAUGAUGACCUCGAGGCUAAACUCGGAGUCAAACUGCCGCCUCCGGAAACUCUCCAUACUGAAGGUAUGUUUGUUUAUAGUACUUUCUGUUUGUCUUAUAGAUCUUAUUAUUAUUAUUAUUAUAUUGGUUUAGAAGCACGAAACAAAUUGGAUGAGAUUGCUCGUUCCAAGAAUGUAGAUUGUCCUGCUCCACGGACGGUGGCACGAUUGCUGGAUAAAAUGGUUGGGGAAUUCCUGGAGAGUACAUUCCUGAAUCCCACUUUCCUGGUGGGUCAUCCUCAAGUCAUGUCCCCUCUGGCUAAAUGGCAUCGCAGCAGAAAAGGGCUCACAGAGCGGUUUGAAUUGUUCGCCGUUCACAAAGAAAUCGCUAAUGCAUACACCGAAUUGAAUGACGCAAUCACUCAGAAGGAACGGUUCGAACAACAAGCCAAAGACAAGGCUGCUGGUGAUGACGAAGCUCAACUUAUUGACGAAAACUUUGUCACCGCUUUGCAAUAUGGUCUUCCACCAACGGCCGGUUGGGGAAUGGGAAUCGAUCGAUUAACCAUGCUUCUAACUGAUAGUAACAACAUCAAGGUAAGACCUAAGAAUUGGUUUAGCCGUAACGUUUACCGUGUUUAAUAAUUGUUUGCUGACAACGUCACUUUCAGGAGGUACUCCUCUUCCCAGCCAUGCGCCCUGAAGAACAAAAGACGACGCCUCAGAGUUUGGCCUCCGAUGAACCAGCCCAAUCCUAA